AUGAUGAUCACCAUGGCCCGCCUUUGCUUGAGACAGGAAGAGGAACUCCAGCUACUUCGCAUGGACAAGCAGUUCAUGAUUCACUUCGAGAGCGGACCCCAGGGCCUACUAGCAGCUUUCUUCGGGAUCGCUCAAAGGUGGCACGAGGCUCGGAACAAAACCCCGCCGGAGGUCAAGAGCUCCUUGCGCGUGUGCAUGGUGAACAGCAUGUGGUUGGAACUUUACAGCAGGUUGGAGAGGAUGCUCCAGGACGAGACGACCCAGAACAACUUGCACAAGCACGAGUGGAUCAGCAAGGACGGCGGCAAGCUGCUGUGGCUUUACAAGAUUUGGGACGGGAACAGGUUGGUGACCGACACAAGCAGGCCCCCAAUCGAGCAUCACCAAAUGUUGGACAUGGUCAUGGAACUCAAAACGAUCUUCAUGAAGGAAACGGAGCAGCUGGUACACAAGUUUCGCAGCAUCCGCAAGUUGACGGAGAACGUCGUGGGAACCACACUCCCGUUCAUGCUAUCCUUGAGCUGCCGCGGGGACCAGGCGGACCGGGCACACUCCCUGUGCUCGGCUCUGUCGGGCAACAUGGUGAUGCAGCUCAUCGGGGCCCGCAUGAGGCCGGAGAGAGCCAAGCGGCAUCCAUUGGCGGACAUGUUGGCCAAGGAGCUGGAUCAGAUGAAGGGCGAGACGCAGUGA